AUGGCGGGAUCAGGAGUGGCACUGCGGCUUCAUGAGUUUAAGGAAAGAAAUGUGAUCGGUCAGCAACGUGGCGCUGUCUUGCGGCCAGGCAGAGACAUUAAGGGACUCUAUCCUGGACAGCUGGCCAGAGCUCACGUCAUUCCCUCACCGUGGCAGAGGAUGAAUCUGCAGUGUGUGAAGUGUCCACCAGAGGAAGAGCAACCAUACCAGCGAAGCUUUGACCUUCUCACGCUAAAGGCCUUGGAGCUGAGAGCAGCACACACACCUCAUACACACCCGACAUCUCACACUGUGUACCAGCAGGAGUUCGGCCGCCAGGCUCACCUCUACCCUCCUGAUGACAACAAGAUGACCCUGAUUUCCCAUCCUGCUCCUCUGCAACAGAACUAUCAUGUCACCCCUCACUAA